UUCAAUUUUCCAGACAUUAACGAGUGUGAGGUGCUAAACGGAGGUUGCAGUCAUAAGUGUGUAAACACAGAGGGAGAUUUCAAAUGUGAAUGUCCUGACCCCGAACUGAGCUUAUCAUCGGACAGAAAGACCUGUUAUGGUAAUUAUGACUCUAGGUGUGACGUUUCAUGCAUUAAAUCCUACUCUGAAAUGUGUAUCAUUGGGCAUCUUAUUUAAAUGAAAAUGAAAUGGAUCAUGUCUCUAACAAUAUGUUGUACUUACUUUUGAAUUUCAGUUUUGAAAUUUUUAACCUGUUUUUACAUUUUGCCUUAACCCUUUAUGAAAAAUAAAUCAGUUGCCUGGAGAAAGUUAGGACUUUGACUAUUCUUGUAAAAAAAAAAAAAUAUGAAGGAGCUUGGUCAUAUACUUCAGGUAUUCAGAACUUUGCUACUGAAAGGGCCACAAAACGGUCUAAAAUAUUUCAAACCAUCAAACUGUAGAAAAGAAGCUAGGAUUUUCAUAAAAACGAUCGCCUGCUGAUGAACUAAAAAAACGUCCACGAAACAAGCUAGAAUAUCAGCCGUCUUUAUUUACGCAAAUUUGUCGCAAGAGGACGUUUCGGUCAACAAGUGGACGCUAUAAUGGUUUUAUUGAAAUGAAUAAAUUGCCAUGAAAUGCAAUGACCUUGAGCCCUCCAUUUUUUUAUUUUCCUUUCUGUCGAAAAUAACUUUUCUCUUUAUCUCCACUCAAGCCCCAGGCGUUAUGGUACAGUGUAAGAGUGAAAAUAUGACCAUCACAAUACCGAAGUCCCUCCUUCUUGGUAUGGACCGUGAGCAUCUUCGACUCCUGGACACCAGUUGCAAAGCUACAGAGACGAGCACUCACUUCUCACUCACAACACCGCUGACUGGCUGUAACACAACAAGCAGGCACACGCCCACAGCUAUCGUCUAUUCCAACGCAGUUUUGGAAAUUCCUGUGGCCGCUCAAGGUGUCGUGACCCGAGUUCGUGAAAUCGAAAUAAAAUUCCAGUGUUUCUACUCUAAAUACGGCGUGGUGUCCUCAUUUGGUUGGAAGCCGAGUGAUAAGAAGCUUGUUUUUAGCGACAAAAUGAAAGGAAACUUUACGCUCUCUCUAGAUAUGUUUCCUGACAAGACAUUCGAGAGUCCGUACUUGAGAAACGACUUUCCUGUGGCUGUGGUUCUGCGCAAGCUUCUCUUUUUUGAGGUGUCCGUCACAACGCAUGACAAGCAGCUGUCAAUCAGAGCAGAGCGCUGUUAUGCUACUCCCACCCAAGAUCGCGAUAAUUCCUUGAAGUACGAGUUCAUCAAAGAAGAGUUAGUGAUUGUUGUGUUACUUCCUAGCGAAAAGAGACCUCGAAAAACGGCACUGAUUAACGUCUCCUUAAACUGCGAAUUUCACCCCUUCAUUCACCAUCACUUAAUACUAAACAACUGCAUUGUGAAAGUACAAUGUAGAAAUUUAAUUUUGAAGCGCAGAAGCACAUAUUAGGGUAAAACAUCGUCAAUCAUUUGUUACAUAAUCACUGAUCUUAAAAAGACGAUAAGAUCACAGCUUUUCAAGACGACAAAAGAUUCCUCUGUGACUCAAGGCUGGUGACUAUGCCUUUUUUUGCUUCUGUAUUUUUCGUUUUUGCAACAGCUGGAUGCCAAAAUCGAGAAUAUAAAAGCAUUUUUUUUUCUUCACACAACGUUGAGAUAUAUGAGAUUUCGAGAACAUCUCAAAUCUGGCAGACAUUUUUUCUACAUUCUCGGCAAUCAAUAGGUGGUUUUCAUGCAAUCUCGGGAUACACAAAUAACAAUAGUGAAAUGAACAAAUGCUGGUGGACAAACAAAGCGAGCUAAUGAGCGGUCUUUUGUUUACCGUCCACCAGCAUGGCGGCGAUGACGUAACGUGAAAACCACCUAGCCUUUUACUGGACGUGAGGCUGAGGUUGACCUAGUUUCGAUACAAACCUCUUUCCUUUUCUUAUGGAAAUUUGGCUUAAAAAAUACUAGUUAGCAUGAUUUACAUGAUAAAGCGGAAGGGUUGUAUCAAAACAAGGUCGACUCCAGCCUCGUUUGCAUCCGUAACUGUAAAAUGGACUAUUCGGUUCUGAUACAAUGUAAAACCCCAAAUUAUGACCAGUACUUUGCACUGCAAACAAUUGUGUGAAGAAAUUCAAAAAAAAAUCUAGAUUAAAAGGCCACUUCCGUUAUAUUUAUCUAAAAUUCCGAGACCUAAGGUAAUAUUAAAAACGAAACCAAUCACCUUGAGGUCAAGGGAUGAAUAAUACCAGGCGCGGAUCCACACCGGUUUCCGCCGUUUUACGAAAAUCGGUCAGAGUUUUCAUGGAUAAAUAAUUUUUCAUUAAGAAAAAAAAAAUCCAAGUUAAAAUCUGGCCAAUAUCCUGAAUGAAUGAUUCAGAAAUCCAGGAGAGGUGACUUUAGGGAGUAAAUCUCCAAAACAUUCUAGAAGCGUACGCCUGCCGCGCUUGUUUAGAGUAACGUUCAGUAUUUAUCGUAUAUCCGCGCCUUAAUCCAUUAUUUAUAGCUAUUCCCACAAGCCUUGGAGUUGAGUAUGUAUUACGACAUAUCGAAAUCGGUGUAUUCACUUAAAACAAUUAUUUUAGAUGUUGAGUAAUUAGUAGAUUUAGUAACUAGUAAUUAGCUUAUAAGUUGAAUAUUAUAGAAAUUAUAGAUUGACAUUUUCGGAGUCUUUCCUUAUAGAUGCCCGAUUGACCCAACUGUACAGUAUUAUCCUCUGCCUUCAGUUAGUGUUCAGCGGUUUAGUUUGGAAGCCUUCAAGUUCAUUGCAGAUCAUCCCUUUGUUUUUGUCCAUUGUCACGUGAUUGUCUGCAAUGCUACAGAUGCCGUUUCAAAAUGCGCUAGAAGUUGUCCAGCAGCUGGCCGGCUAAGACGUGAUGUGAAUCCCAAAGCAAAUGACGUCUACUCCCUGGCCAAGGGUCCAAUCCAUCUGCAACGUAUAAGGAGCGAGGAAAGACAGAGCACUGGCCUCGAAAGGCUUGGUAUGUUAUUACGCCGGCUCUCCCGUAUAUAUUAA